AUGCAAACAACGAAUGAUGAACAUCUGGCGGCUGACGAGACUGACACCGAUGGCUCAUCGGUGAGCAAUGCAAGCCUGGCUUCGUCUACAACGAGUGUGACCAGUUCUAUUCUGGAGUAUCGUAUUGAAAAUGGGCGAACCUACCACAAGUAUAAGGACGGCAGUGAGUUUGAAGUCUCCGCAAAGAGUGGAACAAUCAGGCAAUAUGCUUAUGAUCUUACCAGAUUUAACGAGAAUGAGACUGAUACGACCGCAUCAGACCUUCAACACAAUUUGUUCAUCCGGACGUUUGAUGAUCGACUCGGUAGUGCGCCACCAAACGAUCGAGACGCAAAGGUCGGCAGAGUUCUCGACAUCGGCACCGGAUCCGGAAUCUGGGCCAUUGACUUUGGCGACGAACACCCAGAAUCCGAGUUCGAAAUUGACGACAUCGAGGAGCCGUGGCUGUUCUCGAGGCCUUUCGAUUACAUCCAUAGUCGCAUGAUGACGGGCAGCAUCAGAAACUGGAGACGAUUCCUCCAGAACUGCUUCGAUAACCUCAACCCCGGCGGCUACCUUGAGCUCAACGACAUCGACGCCGUACCCGUCUCAGACGACGGGACCCUCACGGAGGACACCUCGCUGAUGAAAAGCGUUCGUCUCUGCUGCGAAGCGAUCGCCAAGUUAGGGGUGCCCUACGAGCAUUUCAGCCGUUUCGAGGGCGUUCUCAAGGAGAUUGGCUUCGAAGACGUGCACAUCCAGCGAUUCAAAUGGCCCACCAACAGUUGGCCCAAGGAUAAGAAGCACAAGGAGAUUGGAAUUUGGAACUACGAGAACUUUGCUCCUAAUUGGGAGGGCUUUCUUAUGGCGCCGCUGACCCGAGCUCUCGACUGGACGAAAGAAGAGGUCAUUAUCCUCGCCAUGGAGGCUCGGAAAGACUUUGCGAACAGGAACAUUCAUGCUUACUAUAACAUGUGGGUUAUUCUUACUAUCCGGCUUAUCAUUGAGCUAACUUGA